GAGGUGGCCUGGUCCAUGAUUGGUGGUGUGGACGCCGGGUGGGAUACUGGGAUGCGAGCAGUAAAACCUAGCUACCAAUCCGCUCACGUCCUCGAGCCCCACGCAACUCCACUUUCUCUUCGUUUCUCUCCUCCUCGAUCUCCAGCGCAUGGCCGCCGCCGCUCAUCCUUCUCCUCUUCUCUCCCGUGCCACCAGGUUACUGGCCCCUCCACCUCGCCUUCCUUCUCUUCGUUGUCCGGUGGCCGUCGGCGGCGCCUGGAUCUGGAUCGGGUGCAGGUUAGUGAGGCCGGUGGUUGGGUGAAUCCGGGCGCGGAUCCGGUCGCUAGGCAGCAUGGGGCUGCGGAUCCGACGAGGUCACGGCGGCGGCCGCGGGUUCUCGUGGUGCUCUGCGAGAGAGAGAGAAGUGAGAGAGAGCCAUGGGAGGAGACGGAACAGAGAGGAGGGAGGGAUGCGGCAGGGCGGCGGUUGCUCCGGCCAUUAUUGUUGGCCGUGGGGAGGCGUGCUGAACCUGCUCGACCCAGUAGCGGCAGGUGCAGAGGCGCGUGCGAGGAGCGCAGUCGGUCGCCCGUCGUUCUUUCUUCGUCAAGAAGGGUGCAGCCUGCUACUCAACCCCUCUCCUUCGCUCCUUGCAGAGCAGGAGAGGCACGGGCGCCACCACACUGGAGAGAUGGACGAGGACAUGUUACAAAUUUGAAGGCAAAUAGAACAGCUACUCCACUGGCUAAAUAUUUUGCCUGCUUGGCAAAGUGUAAAAAGACAAUAGCUGCUCGGCAAAGUAUAAAAAGGCAAAGAGCUGAGAAAGAAGAGAAGAAGAGGAAUCUAGCAGAGGAAUGUGAAUAUUCUCUCUUGUGGAACACAAUAAGGAGAGAAAAAAAGCGUCUUUGAGACGCUUGAUCGUUCAUGCCAUGGUUGGAUGAGAAUGGAGAACUAUAAUGCAAAUGGAGGACUGUCCAUACAAAUUUUGUUUUAUUGGUCAGACUAUUUGUUCAUUUGGCUAUCUUAAUGCAGUCCCAUGUGCAUACUUUUUGCAGGCAUCAGUGAAGAUUUGGGAGGCAGGGAGGGAAUGCUCAAGUGGAAACAAAGUAAGGACCAAGCAGCUCAAGAUUUUACUACUACCUUCCUAAUAGCUUUGUGAGCGGUUGUCAACGGAGACUUGACCAGUCCGGACUUGACGUACUUCCUGCUUUAUUUCUUCUUUGAUUUAGGGAACAUACAAAUGCAUGAGGUAUUAGUCAUGUUCAUGUUAAUUGCUAUUACAAACAUGGCGAUGGAAGGCAAUAGUGUAAAAUUUGUUCCCCAAGGUGGUGUCGAUCACUUUGUGCUUCUUUUCUUAUUGGUGCGAAAACGAUUCCUUUAUGCCCCCGUGUUCUUUUUAGAUUUGAGUUGCCUCUUGGAGAGUAGCAGAUUGCUGACAUGGGGACUAGGGAGGAUGCCCAAAGUUACAAGAUUUUGAUUCUUUAUGUUGUUUUUUCAAUUUGCUUUUCUAUUGCUGCAGUAUGGUCAUAACCAGAUUAUGUAAUGGCCACAUAAAGUUAUAUGAAUUUUAUUCAAUCCAAAGAGAUUCUUAGUUCGACAGUAGGGUUAUAAACCUACGGCAAGUUAUAGAUAAAAUGAAAGUGGUGUUUCGAAGACAUACAUGUGGUGUUCAUGUUCUUAGCUAUAAUCCAAUGGUACGGCUGUAGGCACAAGUGGUGCUUCAAAUGUUUCUACCCUGCCUUCUCACAUUGUUCUUUUGCCCUUCAAAUUUGUGACAUGCCGUCGUAUGCUAAGGUGGAGAGGAGAAUGUUAAUUUUUGUGGGGAUUACAAAGAAUGGUAGACGUGGAUAUAUAGUAUAUUCUUUUUCCUAUUGUUCUUUUAACAUAUUUAGUUUUUAGUGCAAACAUGGCCAGUAAAUUCAAUCUGCCAAAAUCAUGGUUCUUAAAACCAUUUAAUUACUACCAGAGACUUUUCAUUUUGUGGACUUGCUGAACUAUUCAUUGUGUUGACAUGGCCUAUUUACACUGCUCAGAAAACAUAAGGACCAUCCGACUAUAUGUUUGAAACACCACCAUAGAUAACACACACUUGAUUUCAUUGUCUGAACCUGAGUGCUUUUGUAUAUAUGUACACCCUUUGUUCCUAAAUAUAAGACAUUUUUGCAGUUUAAAUUGAACUGUAAAAACAUCUUAUAUUUAGAAACAGAGGUGGUAUAUCAGAAAGGAAUGUGCAGAAUUCUAUAUGACUGGUGUGAGAUCUUUUCGGUAGUAAUGCAUUUUCUCUAUCAGUGAUUUAUGUGAAGGGCCACCGCUAUUUAUUGCUUGUUUAGCGUUGCUUUAUAAGAUCGAUGUAAAUAAGCUAUCAUAAGCUGCCUUCGUAACUUUGUUUUUAUGUUGGUUCAUGCAAUUUACGUCUCUUGUAUUUCUUUUCCAAAAUAUCUGCAUGAUGAUACUUAAAAUUUAUGAAUGGUUUCACCAACAUGUUGCUAGGAUUUAAAGGCAUAAAUGAAUUAUUUUUACAUGCUGGCCACAUGGAGUUC